AUGUUCUCGAGAACAGUGUUAUCGUCGUGCAAACGCGCACCCAAAGCAUCUCUCCUUCGCGGACUUGCGACCGAAGCUUCUGCAGCACCUGCAGCAUCUGAGGUCGCGCAGGUAGAUGCUGCACUAAAAGCCUACUACGCCUACCAAGCCCGCAUCCACCGCGCGCUGCACAACCCAUUUCCUUAUGAUUUUUACUUUAAACAGGGUUCACCUCUAGAAUCGCGAUUCAACAUAGAAGAGCGAAGACGCGAACGCAAGGCGUUUGGUGCGCCUUUUGGUAUGCAGACCGGGGAGACGAGCGAGGCUGAAAAGCUUGCUGAGGCUACUAUGCGCGACGAAGAAGAGGCCAUGCCGCGUAUUCAUGAAGCUGACAUUAACUCGGACUUCAAAAACCUGCAAAGACGCGGUCAGCGAAACCUGUAUCUAUUACUACAAAAGCAAGAAAAUGGAAUGGCCGUAUGGAGGUUCCCUCAGGGAAGUGUGGACAGGGGAGAGCUUUUGCAUCUUGCGGCGACCCGUGGACUUGAAGUCGAGUGUGGAAACAAUAUGGACACUUGGACAGUCAGUCGCAAUCCAAUAGGCGUCUUCCACCCUCCAUCACCAGCCAGUACAGAUGGUACUGAGAAGGAUGUGGUCUUCUUCUAUAAAGCACAUAUCAUGGCUGGUCAAGUCCGCCCAAACCGAACGCAUACACAGGACUUUGCCUGGUUAACCAAGGGUGAGAUCAAGAUCCGGGUGGAUGCGGACUACUGGUUAGGCAUCAAAGAUAUGCUGUCUGAUUUCUAG